UGUGUGUUAAUUAAAUGGAUGGGAGAGAGAUGAAAGGAAAACAAAAGCGAGAGAAUAAGAAGGUUAAGAGUAACAGAGAUCUUCUCAUUACUUUUUCAAAGAGAAAAUAUGGUAUUCAUAAGAAAGCUAGUGAGUUAUCAACACUUUGUGGGGCAAAAGUUGAUAUACUCAUGUUUACUUCAUCUGGAAAUUGGUUUAGUUACGGGGAACCUUCUCACCAAGCAAUGGCAAGGUCUAGUGAUGAAGAAAGUCCCAUAGAACUCGUGGAGGUUCACACCAAAUCAGAGAUUAAUGAACUCAAUGCCAAAAAUAAUGCACUUAUGAGUCAAAUAUACUAUGAGAAAAAACGAGAGGAUGAACUUGAUGCGAUUUUGAAGACAAAAAAUCCACGUGGUUGGUGGGAACCCAAAAUACAAGAUCUUAGUCGUGAACAAGCCAUGGAGACGGAGGCAUCUUUUGUGGAAUUCAAAAAGAAAUUGGAAAAUGAACUUUCUAUCAAGCAUAGAGAGAAAGAAAAUAAUGCUUCUCAAGUGAAUGGAAUCAGUUCAUGCCUCAGUUGCACAAGUGGGAGUGACAUAUCUGAAGUUGUCUUUGGUGUUAGAAAUGAAGCUUGUGGAAUUGGUGCAAGUGAAAGUAUUUUGCCUGAUAUUUCUUUAAUUAGUCCCACAAAUGAAGAGCAAAAAUUCAACUUUUUUCCAUAUGGUGAACGUAGGGAAGAUCUAUUUGAUAUUGUUUAUCCUCCUAAAAAACAAGUUCGUGGAGACAACUUUUUUGUUGAUGAUUCAAAUGGAAGUAGCAAUCAUACCCUUGUCUUCUCUUCAAAUCAAUCCGAAGAAGAUAAUCCAUUUCUACCCGAUGGAAAUAAUAAGACUACGGAUAAUGAGAUUUCUAGUGAAAGUGGUAGUGAUGCUCCUUUUGCCUCACUCCAGUUGAAUCAACACCAAGAGGCUAAUUCAUCUAUAUACAUUGAAAAUGAGCAGAUUGGUAAUUUUUCUAGGCAUCCAUUCAAUGGUUAUGGCCAAAGCUACUUUUGAAAUUUGUCAUUCGCAUCAUUACAAUUAUCUUAAGCUUUAAUAUUUUAUUUGUCUAGUCGUCUCUUUUAGUUUUUAUCAUGUUUGACUUGUAAUAUAUUUGUACCCAUUAUGGAUAGUUUGUCUUCUUUUUUUUUCGUUGUACCUUGUAAC